AUGUCGGCCAUGCUAAGGACUGGGACUUCUUCGAGUCGUUCCUCGACGUCAAGCGUCCCGAAUCGACCGGGAGGUGCGUCUCGACCAGCCGCGCCUGCAGCAUCUGGUCCGCAAGCCAUCUUUGACAAGUCACGUCGUAUCCAAGAGUUUUCAUCUUCGGAUGACAAGUGCCCGCAAUGUAAGACGGACCGCUAUCUCAACCCACGAUUACGCCUGCUGGUCAGUCCAUGCUAUCACAAGAUGUGCGAAUCAUGUAUCGAUCGCAUCUUCUCGCUCGGGCCCUCUCCUUGUCCAGAGUGUGGCAAAAAGGUGUCCAAGAAUCAAUUCACUGCCCAGACGUUUGAAGAUCUCGGAGUGGAACGCGAAGUGGCUGUUAGGAGGAUGGUAAGCAAACUGUUCAAUCGUCGUCAAGAAGACUUUGUCGAUCUCAAAGCGUACAACGACUACUUAGAAGAGGUCGAAGAGAUCACUUUCAACCGGAUCCACGAGAUUGAUCUACCGCGCACCAAUGCCAAGCUAGAGCAGUACCAAGCAGCACACCGCUCUGCCAUCGCCAGCUCUGCGAACAUAUCACAACAAGAGUCGGAUCGACAAGCACGUGUUGAUGAGGAGGAGAAGCAGGCAAAGAAGGCGCGUGCCGAACGUUUACGCAAGCAGGAAGAGGCGGAGAGAGAGGAGCGCGAGAAGGAUCGACUCGAGAUGAUGCGUGAACUCGAGAAAGGCGCUGAUCCAGACGAGGUGCUGCAGAAGCAGCGCAAACGACGCCAAGAACGCGAAGAGCGCCAAAGACUGCUGGACCUUGAGACGGCACGACGUGAAAAGGAAGCGGCACAAUCUUCCGCGAAUGGAGGUGGUGGCGGAGCCGAUGCUGUGGAUCGAAGACCGUGGAGUCUGGACAUGAUCCUCGACUUUGAAGGGCCUUUGGCCUACUUGGACGAUGCUAGUGCGCUGUUCCAGGUACGUAAAGCACCAACAGCACUGGGCGGUCUUGAGGGCGUAAAGGGCACAGCGGGCUACGAAGAUCCGUGGCUCACACCAGCAUGGGUCACCAAGGAGCAGGUUGCACGCUAUCGUGCGGGCGGGUUUGACUGGGAGCGCCAAGUGUGGACGCGCGGCAUCCGCGCCGCUUGUGAAGGCAUCGGCACAGCACCUCUUGCGUCCGAUGCGGUCGAACAUACUCUUCCGAGCAUGGAAGUGGACGCUUAA